UUGUGUUUUCUAGAGAGCAGCGACUACAGCGAGGCAGAGGUUCUCCCAGACUCAUUCCCGUCUGCGCCAGCAGAGCCUCUCCCAGAAUUCCUGCUGGAACCAGAGGACGCUUUCAUAGUAAAGAACCGGCCAGUCCAGCUAAGGUGCAGAGCGUCGCCAGCCACUCAGAUCUACUUCAAAUGUAACGGAGAAUGGGUCAAUCAGAACGAUCAUAUCACCAGAGAGAGCUUGGACCAGAUCACAGGUCUAGUGGUGCGGGAGGUGGAAAUAUCCGUGUCGAGGACUCAGGUGGAGGAGCUGUUUGGGCUGGAAGACUACUGGUGCCAGUGUGUGGCCUGGAGUUCAGCGGGCACCACCAAGAGCAACCGUGCCUACGUUCGCAUUGCAUUCCUGAGGAAAAACUUUGAGCAGGAGCCUCUGGGGAGAGAGGUGCGACUGGAACAGGAGGUUCUGCUGCAGUGUCGGCCCCCAGAAGGCAUGCCCGCUGCAGAGGUGGACUGGCUGAAGAAUGAAGAUGUCAUUGAUCCAUCGCAGGAUUCCAAUUUCCUAAUCACCAUUGAUCAUGACCUGAUCAUCAAACAGGCCAGACUCUCUGACACCGCUAACUACACAUGUGUGGCCCGAAACGUGGUGGCUAAAAGACGCAGCAGCACAGCUACUCUCAUCGUUUAUGUAAGCGGAGGGUGGUCGUCGUGGACCGAAUGGUCAGAGUGUAACGCUCGAUGCGGGCGGGGCUUGCAGCGUCGAACGCGCAGCUGCACAAAUCCUGCCCCACUGAAUGGAGGAGCCUAUUGUGAGGGCCUCUCACAGCAGAGGGUGACAUGCACCACACUGUGUCCAGUGGAUGGAGGCUGGACGGAGUGGUCAAAGUGGUCAGCCUGCGGGACAGAGUGCACUCACUGGCGCAGCCGCGAAUGCCAGGCCCCCCCACCCAAAAAUGGAGGAAAGCACUGCAGUGGCAGUAUGAUGGAGAGCAAAAACUGCACCGAGGGGCUGUGCACGAGAAAUAAAAAGAUCUCUAUUGAACAUACAAGCCAUCCCAUGGCCCCUGGUAUGGGUGUGGCGGUCUACACAGGUCUGGUGGUGGCCUUGCUGCUGAGUGUGGUCAUGGCGCUUUGUAUAGGAGUGCUGGCAUAUCGCCGCCGAUGCCGCCAUCUCCACGGAGACAUCACCGACUCUUCCUCUGCUCUCACCGCUGCAUUCCAUCCUGGAAACUACAAGCCUCCCAGACAGGACAACCCUCACCCGCUUCAUCCAUCAGCUCCUCCAGAUCUGACAGCUACAGCUGGCGCUUUCCGGGGGCCGCUUUUCUGCCUGCCACAGGGGGUCAAUGACAGUCCUCACAAAAUCCCCAUGACCACCUCUCCGUUGCUGGACCCUAUCCCCAGUCUUAAAAUCAAGGUAUACAACUCCUCUACCCUCUCAUCCCUGGAGCUGCCGGCCGACGUGGGCUCGGGCGACGGAGAGAUCCUCAGCCUGAAAACGGUGGGCACGGUGGGGAGAGAGCGAGAGUUUCACAGCCACACUCUGUCCAGAGAGCCAGGCUUGAGCACAAGUGCUACUCUGGGAAAUCUGGGAGGACGCCUUACCAUCCCCAAUACAGGUGUGAGCUUGCUGGUCCCGCCUGGCACAAUCCCCCCGGGGAAGUUCUACGAGAUGUACCUCAUUAUCAACAAGUGGGACAAAACAACGUUACCAUCUGAGGGCAGUCAGACAGUGCUAAGCCCGGUGGUGAGCUGUGGUCCCUCUGGUAUGCUGCUGAAUCGACCUGUGGUCCUUACCUUGCCUCAUUGUGCCCAACUGGAUACACCCACGCCCGACUGGACCCUCACACUCAAGACACAAACACACCAGGGUGCAUGGGAGGAGGUACUGACAGUAGGGGAAGAGACUCUGUCUUCCCCGUGUUAUCUGCAGCUGGAAGAGGAAUGUUGUCAUGUCCUCAUGGAGCAGCUGGGAACAUACGGCCUCGUGGGCCAGUCCUGCCCUCCGCAGCCUGCAUGCAAACGCUUGCAACUGGCUUUGUUUGCCCCCCGAGCACCAUGCCUCUCCCUGGACUACAGCCUCCGCAUCUACUGUAUCCAUGACACCCCACAUGCGCUCAAGGAGGUGCUGGAUUUGGAGAGGAGUCUUGGCGGAAUUUUGCUUGAAGAUCCCAAGCUGCUGCUCUUCAAAGAUAGCUACCACAAUCUCCGCCUGUCCAUCCACGACAUUCCUCACACCUACUGGAGAAGCAAACUUCUGGCCAAGUACCAGGAGAUACCAUUCUAUCACAUUUGGAGUGGCAGUCAGAGACCCCUUCACUGCACCUUCAGCCUGGAGAGGGGCAGCCUGGCUGUGUCCCAGCUCGCCUGCAAGAUCUGUGUCCGGCAGGUGGAGGGAGAGGGACAGAUAUUCCAGCUGCACACAGACAUCCAGGAGACUCUGCCACCACACUCCCCCCUCCCCUCGGGAGGCACCUGCCUGCCUUCCUCCCAAGUGGGACCUUAUGCCUUUCGCCUGCCUGAAUCCAUCCGUCAGAAGAUCUGUGCCAGUUUGGAUGCUCCCAGUGCUCGAGGGUGUGACUGGAGACUGUUGGCUCGCAGCCUGGGCUUUGACAGAUAUUUGAACUACUUUGCUACAAAGCCCAGCCCCACAGGUGUUCUGCUGGACUUAUGGGAAGCAUGUCACCAAGGUGACGCAGACCUGGUCUCUCUGGCAACUGCAUUGGAAGAGAUGGGCAAAAGUGAGGUGCUGGUUGUCAUGACAACAGAUGGGGAUUGUUGAUUGGGCAAGGAACAAAAGAAUGAGCAAGAUUUUUUUUUUUAUUGCCACCUCCGUGAUGAGAAGGAGAACACCUGCCCAUGGAUGUGCACACGUUGACGUGGAUCUUUGACCUACAAAGAAUUUUGGUUGCUUUACAUAUAUUCAUAUUGUUCACCUCACCUCUUUUGCUGACUCAUGAUCAGCCGCUGUAGCUAGAUAUCAACCAUAGCCCAUCCCCAUUAUUGCAAUCCAACAGCUAUCCUGAUUCAGCUUGAAGUCUUCAAAGCAAUGUUGCAACCAGUUUGGGUAUACCGAGGAAUAGAAUUGGUAUCAAGUCGUCUGAAAAAUGUGAUGUCAACUGCCUUCUAGUACUGAAAAUAACAUUAUUCUUGUAUAUUUACGGCAGUGCUUUGGGACAAAUGCGAACAUCCAUGUAUGUGUCACAGGCAAGUGCACAUGACAACGGGGGAUUGGCCAUAUUCCAGUAGCAGCAUGAAAGUGCAUGAUUAAAACCAUCUCACCUCAUGGCAGGGACUUACAUUUCUUGUCAUUCAGUGAAUGACAGGUGGCGCCAUCCUGCCCACGGCCACCCGAGAAAACACACACUGCAACACAGGCGGGCUCCGUGGCCAUUAGUCCACUCUGUGACACACAGAUGAGGAUUGCUUGUCUAACUGCCACGUAAGAAGAUCGAGUCCUAAAGGUUCGAGUCAUAUUGCAUAUGGCCUAAGAAAAGCUGCCUUCUUCUUUGUGGUAGGAGAUUGAAUUGCAAAGUUAGUUUCAGAAUUGGCAGAUAACUCAGCUGACUCUAUAUUGUAUCAACAAAUGCCUCGAAGCCUUGGCAUAUCGCUCUGACUCGUAGGGGUGUUUCUCUUUCAUUUCUCCUUGCAUUCUUCCGUCACGCCGGCACACUCAUAUCUGCUGAGAAUAAACCACAUCAUCCGUUAAUAGUUUCCUUUGGGGAACGCCAUUAAUUUAUUAUCCAUAUUUGUGGAUUACCUUUUUUGUUUGUUUGUUUCAACUGUCAUCAGCACUACGUUAAAAUAGAAGCUGUUUUGUCAUCUUUGCUCAUUUAUGCAACUGACCUGCUUUUCAUAGUUUUUUUUUUAUUCAAGUAAAAUGAGGCGAUGGGAAGAUGAGGUGCACAGCUGAUAUCUCCGUUGUGAAUAACAAAUCCAUGUUUAUGUUGUUCUUUUGUUUUGGGCAUCUAUUGAAAAUGUCAAAUAUAAACUGUAAGACAACAGUAGAAAUGAUCUGGGGGAAUUAACUGAAUGCGUAUUGUGGAAGUAUUUUUGCUUUGCUUUAACUGAAGAGAGUUUCCAAUUAUAACAAUUAAGCUAAAUGAAUAAAUAUAUUUUACUUGAUAUCAGCCGGUCAGCGAGGAAUAAUUGCAGGUAAUUUACCUCAACACAAACAAAAGUGUGUUUCUAAUUUCCUCCCCAUCAUUCAGCUCAUUAUGUAUCCCCGUUUUUUAAAUUGAAACAUAAAGUUGAUCUGCUUUGUGAUCAGAGUCCUCAAGCUGUUGGCAUUAUCCACAUUGCUCUGUCAGUUUUUGUCAGAUGGGAAUUGAAAAUUCUUUCAUGUGUAACAUCAUCAUUCUAUUCAUUCUGUGUUGUUGAGUCUCUUCCUCAAAGCAAAAAAAAGAAGAAAAAAGUGUUCAUAUCUUAAAAUGAUAAAAACCAAAACACCGGCAGUAUCCCUCUUCUCCAGCAGUGAGUCAUGUCACUGCUUUGUCUGAAUGAACUGAGCGCAUGUGUGUGUGCGUGUGUGAAUGAAUGAAUUAAUAGGUGUGUGUGGACAGUUGGGUGUGCAUAUUAUAUAUACAUAUAUACGUGUGUGUGUAUAUAUAUAUUUGCACACAUUUUUAAUAUCUGUCAUUUCUCUCUGUAAGUGCUAUGCAAGUACAAAAGAAAAGUGAAGCUUUUCCAAUUCUUUUGUUUCCUGGAAGAGUAAUUCUAUUUUUUCAGAUCAGGACAUUGACAGGGUUUUCAUUUUGUAUCCCUAAAGUGGUUUAAGAUUGGUUUAACAUUCUUGGAGAUGUUAAUCCAUGUGGGAAUUCUCUAUCAGGACUGGAAGAGUUGGAUCGCCAUCCGAGAAAGCAAUCAAUGUCAAAAACAAAGUGGUGCAGUGGCUUCAGCACAAGUUGAAACUAUAAUUGUGGACUCGUACCUGCAGGUCUUUGCUGUGAAGACAUACCUGAACACAACCGGUUCAGUGCUUUGGAUCCCUGAACACUUCUCUUAAUUCUUGUUACAGAGACUGGCUAGCUUUAGACUUCAGUGUUUGUUCCUUCAGAUUUCUUCAGUGUCUGCUGGAUAUUUUGCCAUAUUGCUGGAUAACUUAUGCUGGAGCUCUACUGGAUUUAAACAUGCUCCCUUUCAAAGAGAUAAACUCAGCCUUUGUUCAAGAAGUCAGACAUUUUUAUGGAAAACUAAAUGGAUUCAGUGACAUUAUUUUCUCUCUGUAAAGUACCAAUUGUAAAUAAAUGUCUAGCCUUCUUACCUGUAACUGAAUAUAAUUUUUAUGCAA